AUGGGCGGUUCCCUGGCGUCCUUGGAGCCGGUUGCCAUAGAAACAUUCAGGUCCAGGAGGAAACCCUCCCGAAACGCCUGCGCCCAGAGCAGCUCCCCGCUUCCGCUUCCGGGUGCUCAUCUCUCGGCUGUCUCCCUCGGGCCUCUCCGGGGAAUCUCGGGUUUAGGGCUGGAGGUUCUGUUGGGCAGGGCCGGGGCCGGCCGCGGAGGACCCCGCGCAUCCUGCGAGGGCAUGGGCACUGCCCGCGCCCAGGAGUCAGUGACCUUCAAGGAUGUGGCUGUGGAAUUCACCGAAGAAGAGUGGAGACACCUGGACCCUGCUCAGAGGAACUUGUUCAGGGCAGUGACGCUGGAGAACUACAGGAACCUGGUCUCCCUGGGACAAAGAAUUACCAAAUCGGAUCUCAUCUUCCUUUUGGAGAGAGGAGAAGCCCCAUGGACAGAAUGGAGCCAGGCCCCAGGAGGCAGCAAUUCAAACAGCCUUAUUCUGGAGAGUAAGUGUGAAACAACCAAGGAAAUACAAAUAUGGGGCAUUUCUGUGGAAGAGUCAUCCAAGGAAAGGCUCAAGGAGGAUGGUCCCUGGGAUUUCAAAUUGAGGAAAACCUGGGAAUCUGAUAUUAGUUUAGAGCAACAGAAGGGCAACCACAAAAGCUUCUCAAAGGAGAUUAUAGUCACAGACAGAAAAACUACAUUGAAUACAAACGAAUGUGGUUUAUUUAGAAAAGGCUUCAAUGAAGAGUCACUUGCAAUUAAAAAAAUGAGAGAUCGUGCAGAAAAAAGUCCAAGUAAAUGUGAUACACACAAAAAAACCUUCAAACAGUGGUCAAAUGAAAGGAAAUUUAAUGGAAUCUUUUCUAAGAUGAGGCUUUGUAGAGAUAACUACGGGAAGACAUUCAGUUACCAUCCAGAAUGUGUUGAACUUCACAGGGAAUGUACUGAAGGAAAAACUUAUGAAUGUGGGAGAGUCGUCAGUUACAGCUCAUCCUUUACAAAUCAUCACGUACGUCCUACUGCAGAGAAGACAUUUGAGUGUAAUGAAUGUGGGAAAUUGUUUAGCUGGAGUAGACAGCUUAUUAAACAUAAGAGAAUUCAUACAGGAGAAAAACCCUUUAAAUGUAACGAAUGUGGGAAAUCCUUUAAUCAGCAUGGACACCUUACCACACAUAAGAGAAUUCAUACUGGAGAGAAACCUUUUGAAUGUAGGGAAUGUGGAAAAUCUUUCAACCGACAUGGACAUCUUACUCAACACAAGAGAGUUCAUACUGGAGAGAAACCUUUUAAAUGUAGUGAAUGUGGGAAAUCCUUUAGCCAAAGUGGACAGCUUUCUACACAUAAGAUGGUUCAUACUGGGGCGAAACCCUUUGAAUGUAAAGAAUGUGGGAAAUCCUUCAGGUGGCAGCCAGAUCUUUCUAAACAUAAGAUAAUUCAUACUGGAGAGAAGCCCUUUAAAUGUAGUGAAUGUGGAAAAUCCUUUAGCUGGCAUCAAGACCUUACUAAACAUAAGAGGAUUCAUACCGGAGAGAAGCCUUUUGAAUGUAAUGAAUGUGGGAAGUCUUUUACUUGGAGUGGGCAGCUUACUACACAUAAGAGAAUUCAUACUGGAGAGAAGCCCUUUAAGUGUACUGAAUGUGGUAAAUCUUUUAUGCGGAGUGGGCAGCUUACUGCUCAUAAGAGAAUUCAUACUGGAGAGAGGCCCUUUAAGUGUGGUGAAUGCGGGAAAUCCUUUAACAGGAGUGGUUACCUUACUGCACAUAAACGAAUUCAUACAGGGGAGAAACUCUUUGAAUGCGGGAAAACCUUUAGUUCUAGUGGUCAUCUCACUGAGCAUAAGAGAAUCCACGCUCGAGAGAAAUCCUAUACAUAUAAUGAAUUUGGGAAAACUUUCCACCAAAAGCGACACCUUACUCAAUAUAAGAGAAUUCCUGCUGGAGAGAAACCAUAUAAAUGCACUGAAUGUGAAAAAUCCUUCAGUAAUAGCACAUCCCUUAUUUUGCAUCAGAGAAUUCAUACUGGAGAGAAACCUUAUGAAUGUCUUGAAUGUGGGAAAACUUUUAGCCGAAGUAUGUACCUUACUAGACAUCAGAGAAUCCAUACUAGGGAGAGACCCUAUAAAUGUAGUGAAUGUGGAAAAGCCUUCAGUCAGAUUAUGUACCUUGCUCGGCAUCAGAAAAUUCAUACUGGAGACAGGCCCUAUCAAUGUAGUGAAUGUGGAAAAGCCUUCAGCCAGAUACUGUACCUUACUCGACAUCAGAGAACUCACACUGGAGAGAGACCCUAUCAAUGUAAUGAAUGUGGAAAAGCCUUUAGCCAGAUUAUGUACCUUACUCGGCAUCAGAGAAUUCAUACUGGAGAGAGACCCUAUAAAUGUAGUGAAUGUGGAAAAGCCUUCAGCAAUAGUUCAUCUCUUAUUGUACAUCAGAGAAUUCAUACUGGAGAGAGACCCUAUAAGUGUGAUAUAUGUGAAAAGGCCUUCAGUCAGAGAGGACACCUUACUGAACAUCAGAAAAUUCAUAAUAGAGAGAAACCGUACAAAUGUAGUGAAUGUGGAAAAGCCUUUAGCCAAAUUAUGUACUUUAAUCAGCAUCAGAGAAUUCAUACUGGAGAGAAACCAUACAAAUGUAAUGAAUGUGGAAAGGCCUUUAGCAACAGCUCAACUUUUAUCGUACAUCAUAGAAUUCAUACUGGAGAAAAACCUUAUGAAUGUCUUGAAUGUGGGAAAGCCUUCAGCAAGUGCACAGGCCUUGUUCUCCAUAAGAGAAUUCAUACUGGAGAGAAACCCUAUAAAUGUAGUGUCUGUGAGAAAACUUUCAGUCGGAGGGGCCACCUUACAGAACACCAGAAAAUUCAUAAUGGAGAGAAACCCUAUAAAUGUAAUGAAUGUGGGAAAAGCUUUCGACAGAGGGGGCACCUUACUGAACAUCGGAGGACUCAUACUGGGGAGAAACUCUAUAAAUGUAAUGAAUGUGGCAAAGCCUUCAGUAAUAGUUCACAGCUUACUUUACAUCACAGAAUUCAUACUGGAGAGAAGCCUUUUAAAUGCAGCGAAUGUGGCAAAGCCUUCAUUAAUAGCUCAUUCCUUACUCUGCAUCAACGAAUUCAUACUGGAGAAAAACCAUAUAAAUGUAGUGAAUGUGGGCAAGCCUUCCGUCAUCCAGGAAACCUCACUGAACAUCGGAAAAUUCAUACUGGAGAGAAACCGUAUACAUGUAGUGAAUGUGGAAAAUCCUUUAGUCGUAGUAUGUACCUUACUCGACAUCAGAGAGUCCAUACUGGAGAGAAAUGCUAUAAAUGUAAUAUGUGUAAUAGAGCCUUCCAAAAUAGCUCUUCCCUUGCUCUCCAUCAGAGAAUUCAUAGUGGAGAUAAACCCUAUAAAUGUUUUGAAUGUGGAAAAGCUUUCAGCCAGGGACUGUACCUUACUCGACACCAGAGAAUUCAUACUGGGGAAAAACCUUAUAAAUGUAAUGACUGUGGUAAGGCCUUCAACCAGUCUGCAGGUCUUAUUCAACAUCAGAUAGUUCAUACUGUAGACAAACCCUAUAAGUGUGAUGAAUGUGGAAAAACCUUCAGUCGGCAAGGGAGUGUCAUCCAACAUCAAAGAAUUCAUACUGGAGAAAAACCCUAUAUAUGUAGUGAAUGUGGAAAAGCCUUCACCCACAGCUCAUCCCUUGCUGUGCAUCAGAGAAUUCAUACUGGGGAGAAAUCCUAUGAAUGUAACGAAUAAUUCAUCACCAUUUUUGUUGCUUUGUUUCCCCCUCGCCCCCAAAAGAACUGAAAACAACUGAAAUACCCAGUAAUUGGGUAAUGACUGAAUGUUGACAUGUCAAUAUAAUGGGAUAAUGACUUACAGAAUUUCAGAAUUGAAAGGAGCAUCAGUAGUCAUCUAUUUCAACAACCCUGAAAAGGUCAUCCAUCAUUUCCUUAGAUACUUCCAAAGAGGGAAAACCCACUUACUUCCUGAGGCAGCCCAUUCCACCAUGUCAUAGCUCUAGUAGUUAGGAAUUUUUAAAUUUUUAUUAAGCCUAAAUUUGCAUUUUUGCAACUGCCACUGCUCCUAGUUCUGCCUUCUGGGGUCAAGCAACAGAACAUGUGUAAUACCUCUUCCGUAGUCCUUGAAAUACUUGAAGAUAUCUGUCGUGUGCUCCUUAAGUCUACUCUACUCUGGGUCAGAUAUCCACCCUUGCUUCAAUCAGUCCUUAUGUGGCAUGAACUUAAAGCCCUUUGACAUCUUGGAUGACCUCUUUUUGCUCACGAGAUUAUCAGUGUCUUUCUUAAACUGUGGUACCUAGAAUUGAAUACAGUACUCUAGAUGUGGUCUGACUGUGGCAGAGCAUAACAAGACUAUUGCCUCCUUAUUCUUGAAAGCUAGGCCUUUCUUUUCAUUAGCUUUUUGGCUGCUAUCUCACACUGUUGACUCACAUUGAGUCAACUAAAAUCCCCAGAUAUUUUUCAGAGAAACUGCUGUCUAAAUAUUCCUCCCUCAUUUUGUACUCAUGAAGUCCAUUUCUUUUAACUCAAGGCUUGGUACUUGUCUUUUUUUUGGAGGGGGGGUAGGCAAUGGGGUUAAGUGACUUGCCCAGGGUCACGCAGCUAGUGUUAUGUGUC